AUGGCGGCGGCGGAGCCGCUGGGGCUGGGGCGGCUGGCGCAGGAGGCGGCGGCGCUGGCGGGCGCCGUGCGCGGCUGCCUGGGCCCGCGGGGCGGGCGGGCGCUGCUGGCGCUGCCCAGCGGCGCGGCGGUGCUCACGCGGGACGGGCGGCGCCUGCUGGAGGCGCUGAGCCUGGAGCCCCCGACGGCCAGGGUGAUGGUGGCGAGCGCCUGCCGGCACCGCGCCGCGACGGGGGACGGCGCCAAGACGUUCGUGGUGCUGCUGGCCGCGGCGCUGCGCGGGCUGCGGGCGGCGCGGGCGGGGCGGCAGCGGGCGGCGCGGGCGCUGCGGGCGCUGGAGGCGGCGGUGCUGGGGCGGGCGGCGGCGGAGCUGCGGCGGCACGCGGCGCCCGGCGGCGGCGCGGCGCUGCAGGCGCUGCUCGAGGCCUACCUGAGCGGCCGCGUGGGGCCGGCGGAGCGGCGGCCGCUGGCGCGGCUCUGCCGCCGGUACUGCGAGCGCUGCGCGCCGCCCGCCGCCCGCCCCGAGGCGCUGCGGCUGGCGGGCGAGCACUUCGCCGAGCUGCACGUCGCCGUGGCCGGCCUGCCCCUGGCCAGCUCCCGCGUCCUGGCCGGGCUGCUGCUGCGCGGGCGCUUCGCGGGCCGCCGCCCGGCGGGCGGGGAGGCGGCCGCCGUCCUGGUCACCGAGCCCGUCCACGCCGGCCCGGCCGCCCCCGGCGUGGAGCUGCUCGUCGAGGCGCAGGGGCAGUUUCAGGCCUGCCAGCGCUGGGUCGCCAGCAGGACGGAAGCCGUGAUGAGGUGCUUGCAGAGCAACAACGUGAAGCUGCUGCUGUCGAGCGUGAAGCAGCACGAAGUAGUCAUCUAUUUUGCGGAGCUGUACGGCAUAUCUGUUGUCGAGUGUUUAUCGCCGGAAGAGAUCACCCUUCUCCGCAAAAUCACGGGCAUCUCACCUUUUACACCUUCUUGCGAUGACAGGCAGAGAGAAAUCACUGAAAUUGCAGUGGCAACGUUCUGUCAGCCCUUGCUGCUCGGCUCACAGAGAUACGUUCACCUUGGCUUUGCCAGCACAUGUGCCUUUCAGCCUCAUUGCCUGAUUCUCUGUGGGCCAGCCCAUGGUGUUAAUGAGCAACAUGCUGCUGCUUUUCAGGGGGCAUUUAAAAUGCUAGAGCAGCUAUUUAAAACCGUUGAACUUAAGGAGGAAUGUGAAGAUGAAAUCCAAGGUGAAAUCUCACAUAUCUGUGAUUGGCAUUCGUCUGCUGCUCAGAAGCAACUCCUAAUAGAAAAUAUCUCCUGUAAUAGUAACCAGGGUUCUGAACAUCAUCUGAAAACAGGUAGGGGUGAAGCAGAGACACAGACUGUAGAAUCUGACUUACAGGGAAAUGAAAAUCCAGCGUGUGUGCAAACAGACUUGGAAAUGUCCUCGAGUCCUGUUUCACCCAUCAAUGAAUUAAGUGCUCUUACUGUCAGAGAUGGCUCUUCAAGAGAUGUACAGAAUCUGCAUCCAAAAUGGAAGCAUCCAGAUGAAGUCCACAGGAACUGUAGAAGUGAUUUAGUUGUGGACGAUCAAAAAAAUAGUAGCACUGCUGCAUUAGCUGUAGAUAAUGCUAAUACAGUUGUGUCUGAACACUUAGAUGUUGAUAAAGAUACUGAGAAAAUUAGUCGUGAUAUAGUUCUACUUAAACAUGGAGAGAGUUGUACAAAUAACAGACAAAAUUAUCCCAACUUGAUUAUAGAAGCAGGAUCAGUUUUGCCAGUAGGAGGUAACUUUGAAAUUCUGUUACAUUAUUAUAUUCGGCACUAUGCGAAGCAGUGUCAAGAGUCAAUAGUAGCUGAUGUAGCUAAUAUAAUUGCAGAUGCCUUGCUAAGCAUUCCUAGGUCCCUAUACAGGACAGCAGAAGGAAACAGCUUUAACAAAUUCUAUCUCAAAGCCAUAGAUGCACUCAGGAAAAAUGAGCCACUGCCUAUGAAACAGAAAGGCUUAGAAUCAGUGUAUUGUAAAUACCAGUUAGUAAUUUCGGUUCUUAAUUGUAUUGCUGAGCUUCUCACUAUUGACCUAAUAAUUGGUGUUAAGCGGCCACUGCAAAAAAAUGAGGAUAAUGACUCGGAAGAUGAUUUUUGAAAACAAUAAAGAACUUUUUUGGUUUUGU